AAGAAAGUUAAGAGAAAUAGCCCUCUUCCUAAAGACCUGUGGCGGCAGCUCGCUGGAAAGACAUGGAGGGACCCGGGAACCUGGUUUUGUGCUUCAGCUGGUGGUGUCGCUGGAUUCCUCUCCGCUACAGAGAUGAACUCUGCCACAUAUUGUGUAUGACCGGACCUCUGCUUCUCUCCCGAAUCCUCAACUACCUGCUUCCAUUUGUGGUCACCAUGUUCUGUGGGCGCCUGGGCAACAAAGUCAUGGCAGGCUAUGGACUGGCUACAGCUACCAUCAAUGUCACGACUGCAGCCACCGGCUAUGGACUGGGUCUGGCGUGCGACACUCUGGUGUCUCAGACCUUCGGAGGAAAGAAUCUGAAGCGUGUCGGGGUGAUUCUUCAGCGCAGCAUCAUCAUCCUCUUACUGUUCUGCCUCCCCUGCUGGGGUCUGCUCCUCAACGCCCAGAACAUCCUGGUCUUCUUGGGUCAGGACGUAGAGGUGGCCGGAAUAGCUCAGCUCUACAUCACUGCCUAUCUUCCUGCCGUGCCCGCAACUUUUCUUCACCAUCUUCAGAUGUCAUACCUGCAGAAUCAGGGCAUCAUUCUUCCACAGCUGUACGCAGCAGCAGGUGCAAACAUCGCGAACGUGCUCAUCAACUACGCCUUGCUCCACUGGCUCGAACUGGGGGUGAGCGGCUCCGCAGCAGCGAACACACUAGCCCAGAUCUGCGUCUGCGUUUUCCUCUUCGCUUACAUCUGGUGGAAACAGCUUCACGUGAAAACCUGGGGAGGGUGGUCGAUGGAGUCGCUGCAGGAGUGGGGGUCCUUCAUGAAGCUGGCUCUUCCCAGCUCACUGAUGAAGUGUUUCGAGUGGUGGGUCUACGAGUUUGGGGGAUUCUUCGCAGGGAUGCUGAGUGAAGAUGAGCUGGCCGCUCAGCACGCUGUCAUGAUGGUGUCCUUCAUCACCUACAUGUUCCCUGUCGGCGUUCAGGCUGCAGCCUGUGCCCGUGUUGGAAACGCUCUGGGAGCGGGGGACACGGCCAGAGCCAUACUGACAUGCAAGGUGUCGUUCGCAGUCGCAGGCGGCUUUGCACUCAUAGAAGGUGUUGUCCUGGGGUCCACCAAAUCUGUGAUUGGCUUCAUCUUCACCUCGGACAAAACAGUCAUCGGUUUGGUGUCCAACCUGAUGAAUGUCUACUGCUUCCUCCAGUUCUUCGACGGUCUUGUGGUACGUGACGCAUUCACAGAAACCACAACCUUCUCACAGCAUGAUCCAACACUCUUCCCACAGUGUGUGUGCACGGGAAUCUUCCUGGGCACCGGGAGGCAGAGGAUCCCUGCAGUGGCCAACUUCAUCGGCUACUACUGCAUCGGACUCACCCUGUGUGUCACCUUUGUGUUUGUGGCCAAACUCAGAAUCUUAGGCUUUUGGCUCGGCCUUCUAAUUUGUGUCAUUUUGCAGUCGACCUUCUACAUCACCGUCAUCUUCAACUUGAACUGGCGGAAAAUGACUGAGGAGGCAGUGGAACGUGCUCUGAAAAAUGCAGAGUUGACAUUGUUUCAAACGUCCAUCAAGUCCAGUGAAAACUUAGAACUGACUGGGAGCUGUGACAAUGCGGGGGACGACUACAUCUCUGUACCUCCUGCAGCCUGUGACACACGUCUGAUCCAGAAGAAGACUCUCUCCAGUGCUCAGCUGUUCCUGCGUCGAGGUCUGACCAUGUUUGUGGCGGUUUCUCUUCUACUUAUCGGGGCGAGUGUGCACAUUCUAGUCCCGGUGCCUUCAGUCACCAACGGCACCACAGACUGGAGUGUCACCGUCAACACAUCCCUUCAAGGAACCGCGCUCCCGGAUGGUCGUCUAAACUCCUUUUAAUGUUGUAUUUAAAUGGUUUUCACAAAGCUGUGCAUUCAUGUGUGAAUCAAAUAUAAGCAUUC